ACCAACAGGAAGUCAGACAUGUUGAAGAACUUCCUAAAACCAAAAUCUUUGACCAAGAAGAUUUCAAGUCUUUUUGAUAACAGAGAUCUCCGAUCACUUGAGGUACUUUUGAGCAGAGUCAUGGCGAAAUCCCUCGAGAGUGAAAAUGGCCACCUGGACCUGUUUGUUCGCUUCCUUCAUGGCCUCUCUCUGGAGUCCAACCAGAGACUCUUAGGAGGUCUGCUGGGUCAGACAGAGAUCAGUCAGGAAACCAUUCAGGGUGUCAUCAACAACCUGAAGGAGAUGAACAGUGAUAAAAUCUCUCCUGACAGAAGCAUCAACAUCUUCCACUGUCUGAUGGAGAUGAACGACCUCUCAGUACAUCAGGAGAUCCAAGAGUUCCUGAAGUCAGAGAACAGAUCACAGAAGAAACUCUCUGAGAUCCAGUGCUCAGCUCUGGCCUUCAUGCUGCAGAUGUCAGAGGAGGUUCUGAAUGAGUUGGACCUGCAGAAGUACAACACAUCAUGGGGGGGACGACAGAGACUGAUUCCAGCUGUGAGGAACUGCAGAAAGGCUCGACUGACUCGGUGUCGACUCUCAGAGACUCACUGUGAAGUUUUGGCCUCAGCUAUGAAGUCCAACCCCUCCCAUCUGACAGAGCUGGACAUGAGUUGGAACAACCUGCAGGAUUCAGCAGUGAAGCUUCUGUGUGCUGGACUGGAGAGUCCAAACUGUCGACUGGAGACUCUGAGAUUGUGGAGCUGUGGUUUGUCAGAGAUCAGCUGUGAUUAUCUGGCAGCAGCGCUGAAGUCCAACCCCUCGUAUCCCAAAGUACUGGACCUGAGUGGAGACUACAACAAGCUGCAGGAUUCAGGAGUGAAGCAGCUGUGUGUUCUUCUGGAGAAUCCACGAUGUCGAUUUGAAACUCUGAGGAGAGGUGUACUGGCAGACGCAUGACACACACAGAUCAGACUAUUUCUGUGUUGCAGGUAUGGAGAUGUUCUUAUGUUUUAGAGAUGCAGUCUUUCAUUCAUUGUUUUUAUGGUACAGUGUUGUAUUGCCUGUUGCAUGGCAGUUAUUAAUAUGAUUGUACUGAAGUGUAAUGUUUGAAUUAUAAGCACUAGAAUAUUGGGUCCUGGUUAUUGAAUUGUAUUUAUCUGACUGUUUAUUUGUUUUUGAAUUAUUAUGUUUAUUGUUCUUAUAAGUUGUUUCUGAUGAUUUUUCAGUGACAUAUUAUUUAUUUUGUGCUUUUUGUUUUUCAGAGCUUAAGUUAAUGUUUUAAAACAAUUUGUUGUAUUUGAUUUAUUAUAUUAUUGUAGUGUUAAUGAAGCUGCAGUCACAGCUCCUUUCAGCAUGGCCGGAGGAG